AUGUCUGACAGGAAGCAGGAAGGCCCUGGUGCCAGGAAGCCAGCAUGCAUGCUGUGUCACCGCGUAGAGGCUGACCCGGACGCCUGUGGUGACAAAGUGGAGAAGGGCGGGCUCUGUGCCCACGUCUUUUGCCUGUUUUUCGCCACUCUGCUUUUUCGCCAAGAGGAGCAUCCUGUUGGACUCAUGGGCUUUCUCCCUCGAGAUAUCCAAAUUGCAGUGUGGAGGGCAGCACAGAAGAGAAAGAAGAACAACACCUGGAGCAGGCCUUGGCAUUCCUGGCAGACAGCUGCCAUGUCUGACAGGAAGCAGGAGGGCCCUGGUGCCAGGGAGGCAGCAUGCAUGCUGUGUCACCGUGUGGAGGCUGAGCCGGACACCUGUGGUGACAAAGUGGAGAAGGGCGGGCUCUUUGCCCACGUCUUUUGCAUGGUGCGUGGCUGCGGGUCCUAUUGCCCCGAGCACCGUCCAGAGCAGGAGGUCCGGGCAACUCCAGAGCCGGGCACCGAUUGCCCCAUCUGCAUGGAGCCUGUGGAGGAUAGAAAGACCUUUGAAACCAUGGUGUGUCCAACGUGUAAAAGAGCCUGGUUCCACAGGGACUGCACCCAGGGACAGGCCAUGCGCGCUGGUGCUUUAUUCUUCCAGUGCCCCCUCUGCAGAGACAGUGGGGAAUUCGCUGUGGAAAUGUUCUUCAUGGGGAUCAGAGUCCCCUUCAGACAGCCAACAUGGGAGGACAACGAUGCCUUUGCUGAUCUAAGAGAGAGGCACAGCAUGUGCAAUGCCAGGGAAUGCCUUUACCCUGGAGGAAGGGAGGAGGCAGAGCAUGAGGGGGCCUGGCAAUUGCUCCUGUGCUCCUCCUGUGCUGCUGAGGGCACCCACAGGCGCUGCUCUGGCCUGAGAAACAAGACAUACAUAUGGGAGUGUGACAGCUGUGCUGGUCUUGGAACGUCAGGGCCUGCCAAGGAGCGACUCGCCCCCUAUGCUUGCGCCUGCUUGGCAGCAAUGGCCCAUGAAUUUCCCCACCUGUCGGCCAAAUGA